AUGAGCACCAUUGCGGCUGAAUUUCGAACUGCCUACACCCAAGGAUCCGGUCCUGGCCUCGCAGCGGUAUUUACUCCGAUCGCGACUACAACUAGCCCACAUCGCUUGAGCUCCUUUUACGAUUUCACCAAUGCCGCUUACCUCACAAAAGAUCUCGCCUCGUCCUUGUUUCACGGAAAGGGGUUGAAAGUGUACAAACCUGAGCAAAGCGCUUGGGUCUCAAUCUUUGCUGCAUACUGGGAAGCACUGGGAGAGGUAUUGAAGUGUGAAGAUGGUCAUCCCGAGGCUAGCGCAGCAGCCAUAUUCAAAGCUUGGAAAGCAUUGGCUUUGGCACUGAAUAAAGGAUACACUGACAACGUCCUCCCUGCUUGGACAUUGCCGUGUAUGUAUACGAUUGGGAAAUUCUUGCGCACCUUUGCGAUCAAGGCCGACAACGAAGCGGCCUCCCAAAGUUCGACCGGGUUUGAAGUUUUGGAUGAUGGAGCUGGCGAUGUCGAGAAGAAUGCCUUCUUGGAAGAUGGAGCUCGAGUUAUCAACCGCAUGUUUACCUUGUGUUUGACUGAUCGUGCUCCCAUCGAAGAUUCCCGCAAGUGGGGAAUCUACAACAUUACCAGUCUACUUUUCAAGACCUACUUCAAGAUCAACUCGGUUGGCCUCUCGAAGAACUUGCUUCGCGCGAUCAAAGCUCAGUCGCAUGAACUACCACCACUGGAGUCAUUCCCGAAAUCUCAUAUCGUUACAUUUGAAUACUACAUUGGUGUUAUUCACUUUUUGGAUGAAAACUACACCGAGGCUGAAAUACAUCUGUCCACUGCUUGGAGGAUGUGCCACCCACAGGCGCUUAAGAACCGCGAGUUAAUUCUCAUGUAUUUGAUCCCAUGCCAUUUGGUAACGACCCAUACUCUCCCCAGUCGACAACUACUCGCUCCUUUCCCGCAACUCGAGUUGUUCUUCCGCCCUCUGUCGAACUGCAUUCGCAAAGGUGAUCUUGUUGGCUUUGAUAAAGCCAUGGCUGCAGGCGAAGAGGAAUUCGUGAAGAGACGAAUCUAUCUACCUCUAGAGCGAGGCCGUGAUAUUGCCCUUCGCAACCUUUUCCGAAAGGUCUUCAUUGCUGGCGGCUUCUCGGAGUCUCAAGAUGGGCAGCCACCUAUUCGCCGCACCCGGGUACCCACCGUUGAAUUUGCAGCUGCAUUGCGCAUUGGGGCACACGCAACGGCACGUACUCGGGUUGAUAUCGAUGAGGUGGAGUGCCUACUCUCCAAUCUUAUCUAUAAGGGUCUCAUGAAGGGUUACAUUGCCCGAGAGCGAGGGUUUGUCGUUUUGAGCAAGAACAAUGCUGCCUUCCCCGGGACAGGUGUUUAA